AUGAGCGAUGCGGACUUGGCGACGAUGCUGGGCGUCGCUGGGGCGGCGUCGCCGACGAUGCUGGACGAUGAAGCCUUGCUCGCGCUCAGGGCGUCGGAGGCGGAGGAGGCGAAGCGGGCGAACGAUUGCGCGUCGUGCAUCGCCGAGGGUCAGAGGUUGUACUCGAGUGGAAAGUACGAGGAGGCGUUGGCGACGUUCGAGCGGGCGGGGACGCUGCCGGGGAGCGGGCCGGUGCGAUACAGGAAAUCAGUCGUCGCGCCGGCGGGACCGAGCGCGGGGUUCAAACCGAGGGAGCUUUCUAGCGGCGAGGAGAUCGCCAUCGCAUACAACAAGGCGUGCUGUCACGCGAAUAUCGGUAACGUGGAAGAAGGGUUGGCGUCACUUCUGACGGCCCUCGAACGAGGGUACGAUCAGUACCCGGCGAUUCGUGCAGAUGCAGAUAUCGCGAGUUUGCGAGAGGAUAGUCGAUUCGAAGUCAUUAUGGCUCGCUUCGAGCCGCAGAGCACGUUAGGGAAGCUUUUCGACGCUUUCAACGGUCCGAAAAAGGGUGUUAGUAUGCUCGACGGGAUAAAGAACAUCUUUGAGAAGUAG